CUUCUGAUUCGCGACUUGUUGAAGCCAAUUGGUUGUUUACAUUGAAGUUAUUCGUACSCUUGUUUUGAGGAUUUUGGGUUACAUUUCCGCGUUUCAAAACUUAUUUUAUCGCAAUUUUUUGGUCUCCACUAAUUUUGAAAUGAUUUGGGGUCACUACGCGUAAAAUUGACGAUCUAGCGCCAACAAAUCAGCAUCGCAGUAUGCAUUCAGACAUCUUUUUUAAAUUUGCGUCGCAUUAGUGGCUGAUUUGUUCGAGAUUCAGACUAAAGAAAAAAUCUUGCUGCAGGUUUGGACUGGAAUAGAGAUUCUCUCAACAUUUCCGGAUUAGUGAGACAUUUUCUAUUUAAUUCGUUUCAUGUAUAAUUCUUAUUUGAUAACAGUAAACGACGACUGCCAAACGCAUAAAUCCAGAUCUAUAUUUAUUUGCAAGGUUUUUGAACUGGGAAAAUUGGGGAUUCAAUGUAGGAGAGCCUUGAAAAAUGCGAAAAAUAGCGUCAAGAUGAUUUUGCCAGGUCAGAAGCUGGAAAGCGGUAGUUUUAGGCAAAUCGCAGCCGACUGCAAUAAAAAAACAUCAAUAACAAAAGCGCCGAUUAACUAAAUGAAAAGUUUCCGGUCAAUUUCCUCUAGUCCAGCGGUAACAUUCGCUUAAUAGCCACAACGAAUGGCAAUUUUGUCGGUUUGGCUCAACAAAUAUGCCGACGAAAAUACGAUGAUUGCUGCUUCAAAAACUGUCAUUCGAACCUUCACAUUGAGACUUUUCUGCUAAACUCUGCUGCUGAAAACAGCCCGCAUCUUUUUAUCGUUACUGCUAAUAUGAUUCUUAUGGCUUUUCACCAACUUUCACCGCAAUAAGACGCCAGUCUUCAAGCUGGAGGAAAAAUGCCAGUCAAAGAAUUCAUCAGGAAACUGAAGCCAGUUCAACUGUAUGUUGUGCUGGCAUUGACCGUGUUGUUCUUUGCGAUCGAACUGGUUUUCAGUCACCUCACCCAUGCACUGACCCUGCUGAUGGACUCUUACCACAUGCUUUGCAACAUUUUGGCUUUGGCCGGCUGUAUUACCACGAUCAAGUACGAGAGCCAAAACCCGGAACCCGAACCCAAGGAGGCGAUCACAUUGAAAACCGAAUGUCAGGAUCAAAAGAACAAAAAAGUCCAUCAAGCUGAGAGCAAGCGGGAGAAGAGGCUGAGGAACACGUUUGGCUGGACUCGGAUCGACGUUAUCACCACGCUCAUUUGCUGCGUUUUUCUCGCCUCGUUCUCCUUCUCCAUCUACGUGGAGGCUUUCCAAACCUUAGUCCACAUUGAUCAUCAGGAUGCCAUGCAUCAGCCAAUAUCAGCUCUAUGCGUUGGUGUAGCAGGUUUGCUGCUGAAUGGGCUCUGCUAUUUGCUGAUUGGCGGCUACACGUACCAUCAAGGCAGCUUCCUCUAUGUGACUGAAAGUGGGGACGUGGUGCUUAGCAAAGUGGUGGUAAUCGACUCGGCCACUAAAGGCGGCAGGAAACUAUCCAGAAUAGGGCAGGCCCUUUCCACGCCUCCCAAAAAACGGCAAGGCCUUUGGGAAAUCUCUCGAGACAUCUGCUGCUGCGCUCUGGUCAUCGUCUGCUCCAUAGUGGUGAUGUUUGUGGACUCGUACACAGCCAAAUACAUCGAUCCGGCAAUGUCGCUCCUGUCGGCCACUUGCAUCAUGUUCCUCAGCUACCCUUACAUUAAGGAAAGCUGCAUGAUUUUGUUGCAGACCAUCCCAGUCACCACGGACAUCGAGGCGAUGGAGAAGGAGCUGGUGAAGCACUUUCCAGACAUCAUCAACGUGCACGAUUUCCACAUCUGGCAGCUGACUGCCUCCAAAGUCAUCUCCACCGUGCAUAUCAUCUUCGAGAACCCUAAGGUCUACCGCAACAUCAUGAAGGAGAUCAGGGAGUUUUUCCUGGAAAACGGAGUCACCCAGGUGACGAUUCAGCCGGAGUUUUUCCACCCCAGCGCCAGCAUGGAGAGUCUUUCUUCCGCUAACCUUCCCCCGACCUGCCUGGUUGCAUGCCAAGGCGAGGAGUGCAAGCUGCACCACUGCUGCCCCAACUAUAAAGAACUGAGCAAGUUCAAGUCGCCGUCCAAGGAGACGAUUUCGAAGCUGGAACCGGGAACCCCCACUUUGAAGUCGGUGCAAAAACUCGAUGUCGAGCUGAUGCCUGGCAGCUGUUCGAGUCUGAGCAAAAGCGAUGCUGAUGGAUCAUCACGGACGACGCCUCAGGAGGGAGGAAGCGCCGUCUGAUUUUAGACAAGACCAAGAGAGUGCCGUUGCUCAACUAAGCCUUUUACCAUAAACCAUUAACUACCUAUCUGUGAUUGACUAAGAAUAUUUUACGUUAUUUAUAAGACUAUUCAUCAAAGAAA